AUUUUGCCGCUUGUGGAGCUUGUGAGAACGGGCUCUGAUACCCAGAAGGAGGACGCGGCGUACACACUGGGGAACCUCGCAGCAAACAACGUUGAUAGACGCGUUGAGAUUGGACGCAAGGGAGCUGUUCCACCGUUGGUACAGCUCCUCAGAACUGGGAAUGAUGAUCAGAAGCAGUGGGCAGUGUUUGCACUGCGAUGCCUGGCCUAUGACAACGACACAAACCGUGAGGCUAUAGUAGAAGAAGGUGCGAUUGAGGCACUGGCUGAGCUGAUGGAGAAAGGGACAGAGGAGCAAAAGGAACAAGCGACUCAUGCACACAAGCAUCUCGUCUUGAAGAAAGAAGUGGCUGCCAACUCCGACAGAUUCACGAGUCCAUUGGUUGGGUAUUUACGCGCGCGGAUCAAUUCUGAGAACGCGAAUGUGGCUGCGGCUAUCAACACGCUGGAAAUUAUGCGUGAAGGAUUCGUCCCGCUUUUCCAUCGUCUAGUGAAGGUGACUGACGCUCCGAUUCAGCCUGUGUCGAUACACCAGAAAGAGCAUGAGUUUGAUCCUGCUAAUGCGAAAGCAGAUAUUAAGGCUCGCAUCAUGGCUGAAGCUUGGUAAUCUUCCAGUUACACGACUUGUCUACAUAAAGUAUCAUUUAUAUGUAAAUAUCUUCAACUCAUUUACACACU